GUAGUGAAAUGAUCUCGGAGAGUGCUUCAUUUAGGCUGGGAUGGGACUUUGCAAGGAUGUCAGUAGCUUCACGUCUGUUCUGGAGCAGCUAGAGCUUGAGCCGAACGAUCAUCCAGAACUUCGGACGAGUGACGCGCAGACGGAUUACUUCAACGAUUCCGAGCAGGAGGAUGCCGUCCCGGUUUUCAAGACGAGAGAGAUAGCUACUUUCCAGUUGGUGGUCCAGGGACCGGAAAUCCUAAAUUUCCAGGUGCAAUAGUUUGGCUUAUCUGCGACUGCUACUUCUUUCGAGGAAUCAUUUCAUUCUUGACGAUAGUAGGACAAUUUUAAUGAUUUAAAGUUCGGUUUUAAUCGAGCUUUAAAAGAGUUUCGAGAGUAUUUAAUUUCACAGGGGGACGCACGUUUGUAUAUAUUUAAUUAUUUAAUUAUUCUAAAAAAGGGAUGAAAAAUCGUUUGAAAAGAUAAUAAAUUCUGCAGGGUACGAGGCAUUCCCCCGCGGACAUCGCGCCAUACUGGAAAAAGGACUCCCGGAUGUGGCUAUGGAAGUCGGUCAGAUUUGCAAGGAAGAUACGAGGAACCAAAGCGAAGGUUCCCGCGGACGCGUUGAAUCGCAAGGAACUUUCGUAGCGCGCACUUUUUACUCGAUAAUGUACACACGAAUUUUCGGAUCUCGAUUUUAUUUUUUUUAUAUGUUUUGACGUUACUCCAAAUGAUUUUUACGCACGAAGAGUCGAUGUAUUUACCGAAGAAUUGAUGACAUUUAAUAUAAGUUGUAUUGAGAUUUUGUAUGUGGCUGCAAUUUAAUAUCUUUUGAUAAUUAAAAAAAAAAAA